AUGGUGGAGCACACACUGACCUACUGGAUCAAUAACUGGGUCGAAGGCGCGGCAGCAGGGAAAGAAUCGGGUCGGGAGCAUCUUCGAGAACUGGAUUCCUUAGGUGGGGGCCACUUGCUCCGUGGACUGGACGGUCUCGGGGGAUCCCACCUGCUCCGCGGCCUCGACUCCCUCGGCAAUGCCCAUCUCCUGCGAGCGCUCGAUUCCCUCGGAGCAGCGAACCUGCUGAGAGAUGCGGAAUCGAGUCACAUGGGACACCACAUGUACAACGCCCUCCACAAGAGACUCGACGCUCUCAGUGGCCUGACGCUUGGGAGUGCAAAGAGGAACUUCGAUGAGAUCGAUCGCAACAGCAUGGGCUUUGCAAAGAAGAACUUUGACGAGAUCGAUCGAAAUAGCAUGGGCUUUGCAAAGAAGAACUUCGACGAGAUCGAUCGAAACAGCAUGGGUUUUGCAAAGAAGAAUUUCGACGAGAUCGAUCGCAACAGCAUGGGAUUCGCAAAGAAGAACUUUGACGAGAUCGAUCGCAACAGCAUGGGAUUCGCCAAGAAGAAUUUCGAUGAGAUCGAUCGAAACAGCAUGGGAUUUGCCAAGAAGAAUUUUGAUGAGAUCGAUCGCAACAGCAUGGGGUUUGCUAAGAAGAAUUUCGAUGAGAUCGAUCGCAACAGCAUGGGAUUCGCCAAGAAGAAUUUUGACGAGAUCGAUCGCAACAGCAUGGGAUUCGCCAAAAAGAACUUCGACGAGAUCGAUCGCAACAGCAUGGGCUUUGCAAAGAAAAAUUUCGACGAAAUCGAUCGAAACAGCAUGGGAUUCGCCAAGAAGAAUUUCGACGAGAUCGAUCGCAACAGCAUGGGAUUCGCAAAGAAGAACUUCGACGAAAUCGACCGCAACAGCAUGGGAUUCGCCAAGAAAGACGGAAGCAGGAAAAAGAGAAAUGCAGGCCCCAUGUGGAUCUUCGACAAAUACGCCAAGAAGGGGGAAUUCGACGAAAUCGACCGACAUUCCUUGGGAUUCCCCCACAAUGACUUCCGUUUUCUGGAUUCCACACAGUACGACACCUUCGAGAAACGCGAGGCACCGGCCUUCAAGGCGCCCUGA